AUGGAGUUUCCAAGAUUUGUAAAACAAGACACAUUAUGUGAAGAUUCUUUUAUGGAUAAACUUUUUAAAAGAAGAUGCGCAGAAAAGGUUCCAAGAGAGAAAACUGCUAAACGUCCAAUGAACUCAUUUUUGCUUUGGGCAAAAUCUGUAAGGAAAAUUUAUGCAAGUGAAAACCCUAAUCUAAGCAACACUGAAAUAAGCAGACUGUUAGGCAAAAUUUGGAAAGAAAUGAGUGAAGUUGAGAAACUGCCGUUUAUUCAAAGUGCAAAGUGUCUCCGAACUAAAUUUAUACAAGAUUACCCAAAUUAUCAUUACUUCUUGAAAAAAAAGAAAUUUAAUCAAGUAAAUAAUACACAUUUUUCCAAAAUGGCUUCCAAACUAACAAGUAAUGAUUUAAAUGCAUACGAAAUUUUUAAAUGUUUAAACAUGAGUGAAAUUAUAGAACACAAAGAUUUGAAAAGCUUUGGUUAUCUUCAAAGCGUAUUCACAGCUUAUCAGAACGAAAGAAACGACAACCAAAAUACAUUUUCACCAAAACUUCUUGCAAAUAGCAUUAGUAAUAAAUUAAUUUCCAAUGCCAAACUAAAUGCUAAAUCAAAUAAAAAUAAAAGUGUCAGUUUUGAUGAUAAUCAACAAACGCACAAAGAAACAACUACGCUGCAUUACUAUUUAAAUGAAGCACAACAUAGCUGUGAAAACUCUUUUGACAUCAAUAACAAAGAAAAUUUCAAUCAAAUUAAUCAAAUGGAAAAAAGAGAAGAUGUUAUUGAAUUUGACUCUGAACUUAGAGAAUUUUUUCAGUCUCUUGAGAAAGGCUUUGGUUAUUAUGAAUGA